AUGACACGUACCUUUCGCCUCGCUGUCCUAGAGUGCGACACGCCUUUUCCUUCUGUCCUCGAAAGUCGAGGCUCUUAUGGAGAUGUCUUUCGCCAUCUUCUUUCCCAGGGCUUGAAGGAUGAGUCACUGGGUUCCAAGACGAAAGACCUGAGCCUUGAGCUUAGCAAAUGGGAUGUCGUUACGGCUCAGGAAUACCCGAACCCAGAAGACAUUGAUGGAUUUCUGUUGACUGGAAGCAAACAUACAUCUUUCGCUGAUGAUCCUUGGAUCUUGAAGCUUGUUGAAUAUGUCAAGAAGGUUCACGCAAUUCCCGAUAAGCCCAUCGUGGGUAUCUGCUUCGGUCACCAAAUCAUCGGACGGGCGCUGGGCGCCAAGGUCGCUGUGAGCCCUGGUGGUUGGGAGAUAUGCGUUGACAGAAUCAACCUCAAUGAAACUGGUCAAAAGCUCUUGGGUGUCCCGUCACUUGGCCUGCAUCAAAUGCACAGAGACGCAGUUCUCGAAGUCCCCGAAGGUUUGGUCAGUCUGGGCAGCAGCUCACGGUGUGAGGUGCAGGGUCUUUACAGUCCUGGUCGUAUCCUGUCUUUCCAGGCUCACCCAGAAUUUGACGAUUUUAUUAUGGAGGAGAUUAUGCAGGCGAGGUAUGCACAGAAGAUAUUCUCAAAGGAGAUGUAUGAGGAGGGUAUAACGAGGGCGAGGGCGGAUCAUGAUGGGCGUCUUGUGGCGGCUAAGAUCUGGGAGUUUCUACUAGACAGACGUACGGAGGAGUUUUGUUAA